ACUGAAUUCAAGCAAACAUACUGAAACGCACUACUGGAUUACCUUAUUUUGGUGUGCCUUGGGAGGUUUAAUAUUAGGUGGAAUCGUUGUCAUUUCAUACUGGAUAAGACGAUGCAGGACACUUGCAGCGAAAUCGCCGCGCCAGCGAUCCCUAGCCAGGAGCAGGAGCUUAUCAUCAGCUGCCGCCGUCAGCAGCAGCAUCAGCAGCAGCAGCAGCAGCAGCAGCAGCAGCAGCAGAAGCAUUCGCAGCCUGCAGUACAGAAAGUCUUCGCCCGAUCACAAUCAUCGACGUCGUCGCCGGCGCAUGCUGCAGUGCAUCAAUUGAAGCAGCAGCAGUCCCUGCCCAAUCCACUGCCCAAAUUGCAGCCAACGGGCGAGCCGCACCUGCACUCGCAUCCGCACCAUCCGCACCACCACAACCACAACCCGCACGCGUCCAAGUCCGUGUCCAUACUCGUCUACAAGACUCUGAACACGGUCUUCAAGAGCAGCCGCAAGAUCAUCGUACGUGUCUGUGAGGUGGCCAGCGCCAAAAAGUCCUUCACCAUGUUCAAGUUCAACAAAGCUGCCCAACAGCAGCGACUCGAUAAUCGCGCCAGCGCCGUAACCGGACACGAUACCUUUGUCAGGCCACCCGUGCCGGAAAAAAAAGUGAAGCACAUUAUGAAGAAGCUGCACAAGGCGAACGGAUUGAAACGCUCCAAUUCGGCCAUCGAAUUCGAUGUCUCAGCGCUGUCAGCCGCCAAUCGACGCCAAAUCUACAGUAGCAACCGGUCGGCCAGCUCGGAGCAAGAUAACUCAGAUAUGUCCGAGCACUCGGAGAAAUCGCCACUGGUUAGCGCGAGGUUAGACAAUCUUGCUAGGCUCUUUUUUAGCAAAUCGAUGCCAGCGGAAUCCGGAAGUAGAGAUACCAUAGAUUCAGUACUAACAACAAGACCCAACAUAAAGUAUCAAUACUCAGCGCUUGACAGCGGCAAUGGCAUUGUGGAGCGCAGUCCCCGAGAGCGGGCCCAGAGGGAGCGAGCCCUAAAUGCCACACAGGAAUGGAUACAGAGCGCCAAUGGACGCUACGAGGUUAUUGCACAUCUGGAUGAGAUUGGCUCGAGGCACGGCAAGAACUGGUUUCUUGUCAAUGAUGCAUCAGUGCGCACAGAUCGUCUACUGACGCUGCUGCCAUUGCCUUCGGACUGUGUGGCCUUUGAGGAUCUGCCGCCCGAUGAAUGCGCAAGGGAAAUACUUAUGGAGCUACUUGGAUCUCUGCAUCAUCCGUAUAUCUACCCGGUACUGGAUUUGGGCUUCAUGCGCAACAGCUCACAUAAUUAUGCCUGCCUGGUUACGCCCUUCAACUCGCGCGGCAGUCUCAAGGAUCUUAUUUUUAAAGCCCAAUGGAACGAGCCCUGGGCGCGAAAGUAUACACGCAAGCCGAAUGGCCUGCCCGUUAGCCAAGUGCAGCGUCUGGGCCGACAAAUUCUGGAAGCGCUGCUCUUUCUAAAGGAGCGCGGCUUUCCACUUCAUGGCCACCUGCACAGCGGCAAUAUCAUUCUACAAAAUGGAGCGGCCAGGUGA